UUAUCUCCUAAAAACAUGGUGUACUAUUUCGAUGCAGGUGAGAGUUGUGGUGAAGGAACCCUGAAUGGUCUUAAAACAGCCCUUGGGAUUCAAGUCCCAAACAUCAUCUACGACUGUUUUGAUGUAUUUGGUGACCCAACUAACUUGACAGAAGUCCAAGGACUCACUAAAUGCACAGCUGACAUCAUCACAAGCGUACAACUAGGAGCAGAUCCUGAGAGUAACCCGUGCUUCAGAACUGGCAAUGGUAUUCCUAUGCAAAGACUGUCCCUUGUGGUCGCUGUGGUCGCUGUCUUUAUAGCAAUGUGUACCUUGUGAUGCAUGGACUAACUCUGUUACAAUCAGUCCAAAAAAUUAAUAGAUUAUGUAGAAGUAUUGUCUGCAUGUGUGCAUUGAAUGCCAAAAAAUAAACGUCCUGAACUAUGAUUUGUGUUAAUUGUCAUAUAUAGUCUAAGAGCGCA